CACUGAAGCGUUUUCACUCGAACCGUUCAUGGUGUGGAGUGGAAACGCAUCGUCAUCGUUUGAUGCACUUAGCGAAUGCAGCCGAACAUCCUAAAUCGCUUCGAGAUCGCUUCGUUCAAUUAGCCAUCCGGCCAAAUCCCGCUCCUAAUUCAGUCACAUUCCAUCCAUCCCGGAAUCCCAUUCGUCGCUGUUAAAGUUCACGAAAUGGCGUCCCGUACGGAAAAUGCGCUACGUAGCAAUAUAUUUUCAUCGUCAAUAUCAUCACUAUCUUCGUCGUCGUCGCGUACAUUAUCGCGGCGAGUCGACAUUCUCAGACCCCUCUGCCUCCUCCUCCUGCUCUCCUUCUCGCAGUUCCCGUUCGCAUCGGCGCGCCACACGGCGAAUUCAGCGGCGGCAGGCGCGUCUCCCACCACCGGCGACACGCUCAUUCGCCUGCAGCUGCAGACUCAAGCUAUCGACGACUCGUCGCAGCCCAUGCCCUCCCAGCAGCCCCAGUCGCGCGCAUUUGAGAUCCACGUCACGCCAGACGCCACCGGCGACGCCGCCACGCGGACCAAUGGGGAAGAGGAGGGGAGGGAGAGGGAUGCGGCGCUGGGAUGGGAGGAGUCCGAGCCGCUAGUGGGUCCGCCACAGCGGAGCGCGUUUGAGAGACUUGCUUGGGAGCACCUGUCUGACGGGCACGUGUCCUGGGAGAUGAUCGAUCCGACGGUUGUCAAGCGAUUCGCCAGGAGAAAACACCAGCAGAAGCGCCAGGAAUCGCGGAAGAACGGUCAGCGCGCGGCGGAGCAAACCAGGCGCCGAUUGCUCGCAGCGGGCCCGUCGGCGGAGGGAGAGGGACUUGAAGACAUGGCGGAGGAACCGGCGUGGAAUCCGGCAUCGGCUCCUCCGCUCGUGCAGCGCGCGUUUCUGGACCACGUUCUGUCCCUCCCGGAAUCCCCCUUCCGCAUCUCACGGCCCGCCGUCCGUUUCGCGAACGCCAGCAGCGCCAGCAGCGCGGACAUUUCGAGCCCCGAUCGCCGCCGGCGCGGUCACGAGCGCGGGCGCGUGCUGGACGACGCCCCGGUUCCCGUAAGCGCGGGGUUCCGCGGGCUGACGCCGCCGGGGCUGAACACGGGCCCGUCCCCCGCGGACAUCAACAUCACGGCGUACCGCUACGACAGCGUGCCCGUGCGCGCGUGGGUGGACUGGCGGUGGACGCGCUUCAUGACGCCUGUCAGCAGCCAGAUCCGGUGCGAGAGCUGCUGGGCGCUGACGGCGACGGACUCCGUCGCGCUGAUGUGGAGCAUCGCGACGUUCGCGCGCGACGCCGUGCCGCUCUCCGCGCAGCAGGCGUGCGACUGCGCGGCGCAGCAGUGCUGCGAGGGCGGGUGGCCGGAGUGGGUCCUAGCUUAUAUCGUAUACAACGGCGGGAUCGCGAGCAACGACGUGUACCCGUACACGGCGAGCAACCAGCCGACGUGCGACGCGGAGGGCGCGAGUGUGAAGCAGGCGCAGAUCACGGGGUGGGAGCAGGUGCCCGCGUUCGACGUGCAGGCCAUGGUGCAGGCCGUGAGUCAGCACCCCGUCAUCGCCUUCCUCGACGCCUCCACCACCGACUUCCGGAUGUACCGCGGCGGGUUCUACAACGGCAACUGCAGCGUGGACGUGAACCACGCGGUGCUGAUCGUGGGGUACGGCACGGACCGCGUGAACGGGCCGUACUGGGUGGUGAAGAACACGUGGGGCAAGGCGUGGGGCGACAACGGCUACAUGUACCUUGCCAUGACCGCCGGCGCCGGGAAAUGCGGCAUCAACCAAAUCCCCCCGAUCUACCCGGUCUUCUUCCCCAAGUCCCCCCAGCCCGCCAUGUACCCGAUCGGCCCGCUCAAGGACGACCCCAAGUACCGCCCCAUGCGCUCCUCCUGGCGCACCGCCGGCUGGCACACCGACCCCUCCGCCAACCCCUGCCUCUCGCGCAUCAACCCGUGCGGGGGGGGGGCGUGCUACAUGCUGGGGGGGCUCGCGCGGUGCUUGUGUCCGCGGGGGUUUGUGGAGAGGAUCGGCGCGCCGACAAGCAAGUGCGUGACGCGGGACCCGUGCACCAAGGGCGUGGUCAACCCGUGCGGGGCGGGCAAGUGCAACAGCGUGAAGGCCGCUGGGCUGUACACGUGCUCGUGUGAUGAGGGCUACGUCAUCGGCUCACGCGUGGACGGCUCGCCCACGUGUGUGCCGGUCACCCCAGCAGGCGGCUCCCUCACCUACACCACCGUCCCAGCGGACACCUGCCAGGGCGUCGCAACCGCCCUCGCCAUCCCCGCCAACACGCUCCAGCGCCUCAACCCCUUCCUCGACUGCUCGGCAGAGCUCCCCUCCGGGAUGGUGCUCGCAGUCUCCAACCCCACGCAGACCGCCACCAGCGGAUGCACGACUACCGACUACGUCUCCUCGAACGACACGUGCGACAGCAUCGCCACGCGGCACUUCAAGGGCGACCAGGAGAAGCUCAGGAAGGCGAACCCAGGGUUGAAGUGCGAGAGCCUGUACGUGCAGCAGCAGCUGUGCGCCGAGCCGCUGGGCAUGCUCGGGCAAGACGUGUCGCCGCUGGUGUGCGGGCUCACGUAUACGGUCACUGCGGGGGACACGUGCGACACCAUCUCCACCACUUAUGCGCUCAACAACACCCGGUUCUACAUGCUCAACCCCGGACUGGACUGCACAGUCGGGCAGCUACCUGUGGGGCUCGCGGUCUGUGUAGGCGAGCAGACAUCCAGGGACGCGGUGACGUGCAGCAAGUGGUACCUGGUGCAGCAGGGCGACAACUGCCCCAACAUCUGGAACGCCGCCAACCUCACCAUCUCCUCCUUCAUGGCCAUCAACCCCGGGCUCAGGUGCCAAGCACCCUAUUUGCAAGUGGGGCAGCUGGUGUGCAUAGCGUCGCCCACGGCCGUGCUAGUGGACAGCCUGACAGCCAACUCAAGUCUGAUCCCCUACAAGGUGCAGCCCAACGACAACCUUACCACCAUCGCCAUGGCCUUUUUCGACCGCUGCGGGGUCACGGCGGGCGAGGCGAACCUCUGCCAUGCGAACAAUUUCUUCCCGUGUGACUCGUCGGCAAUCGAGCCGGAUCAGUUGAUUCUCGUGCCGUGCUCCCGGAGGAUCGGCUUGAAUGAUUGCGGGUGUAGCAACAACCAGAAUUACGUGUGCGGGUCGGAUUUCGCCACGUACCCGUCAAUGUGUGACGCGGUGUGUAACUUCGCCACGCCGGUCACGCCCGGGCCGUGCAACCCGUGCCAAAGUGCGUGUUUUGUGAGGAGUGGGCUUAUGGCGGACACCCGGUUCCAAAGCCGGUGCAAGGUGGAUUUGGACUCGCUGUACUGCCCGUUCCCAUCGUGGCCUCCGAGCCAGUGGUGGACAAUGGCUGAUACUCCGUGUGAGUAUAUGGAGACGGCGUGCAAUUACGUGUGCACAGACACUGCUAAUACACUUGUGAGGAGUAAGGCAAGUGGCAAGUGGGCGACUUUCAAGAGUCAGUGUAUGUCCCAGUGCAUGUGCACGCCACGCGUUCCGUGUGGAUGGCGAAGGUGUGCGAGCUAAGUGAAGGCUCCAAGGGAGAUGGUGUUAAGGAACGCACCCCCCCUCAUGCUCAUUCAUUUUGUUGCGAGGAUUCUUGUAACUACGUACUCUUGUACCAUAUGUUAUAUACGGUAUGUUAUGUUUGUAGUUCCACAUUUUUGCCUGAUUACGUUAUGUGUACCUUA